AUGUCUAACACUACAGGCAUGCCAAAUUUUGUACUUGCUGGAUUUUCUGGAAAUCAAGAGGCUCAAAUUUUACAUGGCACUGUCUUCUUGAUAACAUAUCUCUUUGUCCUGCUGGUAAAUCUUCUGAUUAUUUUUUUAAUACUAUUCAAUCGCUACCUACAUACUCCAAUGUAUUUCUUUUUAAUCAAUUUAGCUCUUGGUGAUCUUGGUGUCACCUCUGCCAUUAUACCCAAAUCUAUAGUUAAUACCUUCACAAAUUCCAAAUUGAUUUUGUAUUUUGAAUGUAUGACACAAUUGUUUUUCUAUGUUUCUUUCCUAUCAUCAAAUUUAUUCUUUCUCACUAUCAUGGCUUAUGACAGAUACAUUGCCAUCUGUCACCCAUUACACUUUGCAUCCAUAAUGAAGUGGUCCACUUGCUUCCAAAUGGCAGGAGGGGCCUGGGUGCUUGGAUUUCUGCAUUCAGCUUUACACACAUGGAAUAUUUUUUCAAUGCUUUUCUGCUCCAAUAUUAUCAACCAGUUCUUCUGUGAAGUUCCACAGUUAAUCAAGCUCAUUUGUUCUGAUUCUUACCUCAGUGAAAUCUGGGUUCUUGUCUUUAGUUCAUGCUUAGGAGUUGGCUGCCUGUCAUUCAUUAUCUCGAGCUAUGUUCGGAUCUUUUCCACUGUGCUGAGAAUGCCCUCAGUUGAGAAAAAGGAAAAGGCCUUCUCCACUUGCAUCCCCCACCUCAUUGUGGUUUCCCUAUUCAUUGGUAGUAGCCUCUUGGCUCACCUGAUAUUACCUGUAAAUUCUCCAUCUAGACUGGACCAAGUAUUUACCACACUAUAUACUAUGGUGCCUUCACUAAUAAAUCCAAUAAUCUACAGCAUGAGGAACAAAGAUGUGAAAGCUGCCUUUUUGAAAUUGCUUGAUUGGAGAUUAUUUUUCAAACAAUGUUAA